GGACUUCUUUUAGCGGGGGGGGGGGGAAGAAUCAAUUUCUGAGGCAAGGCAUUUACUCCACGAUGGCGCUUCCACAUUUGAAGAUCGAGGAGAAGCCACGAUCCGUCCGGUGACUCCUCGGAGCGAGGAGCAGACAUGAUUCCGUCUCCGCCCUCGUAGCCGCCGAAGAUGUCCCAAACCGGGCAGAGCCCUUCUGCCCUCAUCCUGGACAUGGCCAACAACCAGCGCCGAUCCCGAGUCGACGGGGCGUUAGAUCGGAGCGCCAGGCCGCGGGAUGAAGACACGCUGCGCUUUCUGAGCCCGGAGGAGGAGGAGUGCCUCCAGUUCUUCGAGGAGACCAUCGGCUCGCUGGAGAACAGCCUGGAGGAGGACGAACUCAGGGCCGAACUGGUCAACUCUCUGGCAAGCGGGAGCCUUCUUUCCGACGAGAUGGACGGACCUCCCGAGACCCAAGAUCUCUACACGGCGCCGUCUAUAACAGCCAGACGUCUCAGCGCUAAAGACCAGGAUAUUAUAGACCUGGUUCGCCCGGAUCCAGAACUGAUGCUUGCCAAACUACCGAGCUUCAACCCUACCAGUCCAGAUUUCCAGAGGAUGGCAACGAACCCCGAGAGCCACUUUGAGAUCAAACCAAGACAUGAUCCGCAGGACCACCCCGGCAGCUAUGAGCCGACAGACGGUCACUCCUACCACCCAGCAGGCUCUGUCCCCACACCUGUCCUCAUCGCCAAGAAGAUCGCAGAGAACCAAGCGGUGGGCGCAACAAACAGUUCGGCUUUACUCCGCCGCCAGCACAGUCAGGAGGGGGAAAAGUCACCAGGCCACAACGGAGAUCCCCCCACCAAGCAGGGUCCUCCGACCUUUGCCAAACCGACCAGAUACCCCGCGAACAUUACUAGGAUUCUUGGCAACAAAGAGCUCCAGAAUGAACCGGUGGCCAGCGUGAACCUCCAGGACCGGCGAGCGCUGAUGCUGUCGAAUCUGACAGGAGCACCGCAGUCCCUCGUGGAAGAGGAUCCCAAGCAAAAUUUGGUGCACAAAUUGCGAAAUGCCCCAACCCGCAGCAUUUCCUUCAAGGACCCCACACCUGAGAAAACCAGGAUGGAAGCAUUGUCGAAGCUGGGCCUGUCCAGAAACCGAGCCAUGUCAGGUGGGAUAUCAGUCCCUGAUACUGGUGACAGCACGCCGCCGAGUCCUGUUUCAAGUGCAGAGACCAGUGUCACUGGUCCUUUGGAGACCAAGUUUCAGCCAACAGAGACUCACAUUCAUGUGCCAGACUCCAAGGUCCCAAUGUUGCCACAAAGCCAAACGUAUGUACAAAAAGCAGAGAAUUGGUCUUUCGAGUCUGCCAGAAGCUUUGACUACAGAAAGCCUCCACUGAGCCCACCUCAUCAGGAGAAAACCUUAGCCACGCCAUCUCAGUCAGACAUUGUAUCGCUGGAAUUGAAUAGCUUUGGAGGUAAAUCCAUUGUGGUCACACCAGGUCCCCCCAAGAACGAAGCCGUGACACCUCCGACAAGCCCUGAAGCCAAAGUCCUUCCUUCCGUCCUGGCCAACCCCAGUGAGUUCAACAGCUAUGGAGGAAAGUCCAAAGUCCUGAAACCUGCAACUGGAGCCAUGACCAGAGGCGACCUUCCCGACAUCCUCAGCUCCCACAUUGACGUGAAUCACAACUUUCCCGCCAAACCCCUGCCCCUCCCUGCUGAGCUCAACAGCUACGGGGGGAAAAGCCGGACCAUCAACCCCUCCACCGGAGUGAACCGCCCCGGGGCUUUCAAAGGCCCCCCUCCGACCCCGGCGCCAAGAAACCCUCAGAGCUCGCACCCCGGCGCUACCCCGGCGGCCGCGACGCAAGCCCCGUCUCCCUCAGAUGCCAAGCGCAGAUCCGCCGCCAUGUUUCGCCCCCAAGGCAUCACAGUGCAGUUUUCGGGCCGGGGAGCAACUGAGGAAUCUCGCAAGGAGGCACUGAAGAAACUCGGGCUGCUCAAAGAGUCGUGAUGGACUUUGGCAACGUUCCCGUUGGCAACGCUUUAGCGGGAGUUGCCUUGCCUCUUGGAAGGCGAAGGUGUGGCUGCUUGGAGAAGAAAGACCCGCACAGCCAGUUCUCCUCUCCUGGCAAUGAAAAAACUGCUGUCACGUCUGCAAGGGGAUCCUCUGUUUUUACUGCUGUUUCUUGACUUUAUUGUUUCAGGAAAGAGCGAAGGCCUGAACGCUUCUCCUUGAGAGAACUCCAGUUUUUAAUCACCCUAAUUAGGGAGCAAGUGUAAGUGGUUGCAGGGUAAAAGGGUUCUUUUGGAUUAUGUGACACUGGGGUGGAGGUUAUUUUUACUCAGUGGACCAGCCUCCUAAACUAACCACAAACUUUGGAAUGUUUUGUUUUGUUUUUUUUUUAAAACCCAGCAGCGAGAAUAUUUUCUACUGCAACUUUGUGUAGGCGGGGCCGAGGCAUUGUACCGAGCUAAAGCGCUCGCUCCAACCACAGAGUCUACAAAUACCAUCUCAUUGCUCUGUAUCCUGGAUACUUAUACUUUUAUGACUAAUCUAUGGGUCACAGUACACCAAUCUAUA